AUGAGUUACCAUACAGGUGCGACCUUCGUUCCGGGAGGCGAUGAUUCCUAUUAUAUGCCCGAGUUGAUUCAACCAAUCCCUAACCGAGUACAUGAACUCCCUACCAACAUCCAGCAAAAUGUAGCUCAAAUGGAACAGGCGGCAUCAAGUCCUAAUUCGGUAUAUUCUGGAUCCGUCUAUUCCCCUCAGUCUGCAGAAUACAUGCCAUCCAGUAUGAAUGCUUGGGUGACUCAGUCAUCACCUCAUCCUCCUCAGCAAGACUUUGACCAGAAGAUGCCGCCAACGAACACUCCUCCUCAAUCAUAUCAACCAGACAAAUUCCCUCCCCGAACGACCUCCAUGGCGGCACCAGAACAGCCAAACUUCUCUCCUUUCCCGACCAUUCGCGAUCCUCCUCCAAAUAUUCCUCCGACCGACGAACAGAAAGAAGCGACCUUGGAAAAUGCCAGGGUUGCUGUGUUGAGUUGCAACGACCCUGAUACCCAGCUGACAUGGGCACAAGACGCAUUGGCGUAUGUGGAAAUAUGUCAACAAAACGAGGAGAGAAUAGCUUUGGCUCAAACACCCAGAACACGCACGCCACGAAUCGAACAUGUCCUCAGGGAAGAUGCGAUCAAAAUCGUCAAUUUCCUCGCGGAUCAACAUCACCCUAAAGCCGAGUUUAUGAGGGGCAUGUGGCUGGAGUUUGGCAAGUUCGGUCACAGGGUCGACAAGAAAGAAGCCUUUCUGUGCUAUACCCGGGCAUCCGAACGAGGCUACAUUCGCGCCGAUUACCGAAUCGGAAUGCAAUUCGAAUCUUCCAACGACGCGCUGAAAGCGAUCAAAUAUUAUCAGAAAGGUGCCGAUGCAGGCGAUUCUGCUGCUUGCUACAGACUCGGAAUGAUGACCCUCCUCGGCCAGCAUGGGCAAGCGCAAGAUUUUGAGCGUGGCCUCAAUCUGGUUUAUGCUUCAGCACAGACAGCUGACGAAAAUGCUCCGCAAGGUGCUUAUGUCUUUGGAAUGCUUCAAUCACAUCAAAUGUCUCAAAUCCAGGUUCCGGAACGAUAUCUACCGAAAGAUACUGCCGCCGCGAAGAUCAACAUCGAAAAGGCCGCCUACUUGGGCUUUGCAAAGGCACAAGUGAAGAUGGGAGCGGCUUAUGAACUUUGCGAACUUGGCUGUCCUUUCGAUCCGGCAUUGUCGUUACAUUAUAAUGCUCUCGCUGCCAAACAGGGCGAACCUGACGCCGAACUUGCAAUAAGUAAAUGGUUUCUUUGCGGCCACGAAGGGCUGUUUGAAAAGAACGAAGAAAUGGCAUUCACCUAUGCUCAACGGGCGGCGCUCUCGGGGUUUGCGACAGCCCAGUUUGCGCUAGGAUAUUACUAUGAGGUUGGCAUUUACGUUCCAGUCAACUUUGAGCUGGCCAAGGACUGGUAUCGGAAAGCAUCACAAAGUGGUAAUCAAGACGCUGGUGGAAGAAUCGAUGCCAUUUCCCGAUCCAAAACCCUGUCUCGGAAAGAUCAUGAGAGCGUUGCCCUCUCCAAGAUUCGACAGCAGCGAGGCUCGAUAAUUGGCGGAGCAAAUGCACCUCCGCCAGUGCCUGCUAUGCCAACGCUCUCAGAAGAACACGAGUCUCAGGUGCUCGAUAUGCCUGACCCAUCUCGACUGUCUCUCAACAAUCAGAGACCACCAGCACGACCUGGAAGUGCGGCACCAUACCCUACUGGCCCCCCCAAUAUGCCAACCGCAAGCCAAGGUCCUGAAUUCCGACCAACGUCAGCUUUUGGUAUCAAUCCUAACCUUCGACCCGCUUCGGCUGCAUCCGCACCACGACCCGAUCUACAUGGUCAGCCUCAUAUGCCACCGCAACAACGUCCUUUUUCGAGCAAUGACGGCCGACCUCCGCCACCGGGAUAUGGGCGUGGAGGACGUAUGCCAUCUGGGGGACCACCUUAUGCUCAACCAGUCCCCCAAAUUCACCCGCCAACUAGACCGGAGACGACGUCGCCGUAUCUUGAUCCACGUCCUGGAGGUCCAAACACCACACCCAAGAUUGACAUUGGGUAUUCUGCUCCCCUUGAACCAGAACGAAAGCCACGGCUCCCGCAGCCUAAUGGGUCAAACAUGGGACCACCUCCUCACCCUCACAACCCGCCUCGUAACACUCCUCGGCCCGGUCAAGGUCCACAGCAAGGACCAGGACAAGGACCUCCGCAAAGUCGACCGCCACCUGGAAACAAUCGCCCGGCACCAGGCGGUCCGAAUCAGGGCUACGGAGGCCCGCCCAAUCCGAACGCUCGUCCUCCCCCCAAUAGAAUGCCUUCUCAGCAAAAUGUGAAGCCGGCUAACAUCGCUCCUUCGAAACCACCGGCCAACGCCCCAAGUGGCCCUGCUCAACCCUCGAAGCCGAAUUCCAUGCCAGCCAACGCUGCCCGACCACCAGGCAAAGGCCCCAAGACGUUUGACGAGAUGGGUGUCCCUGCAGGGAAGGAUAAGAGUGAAUGUGUAAGUUGA